AUGAAAGUUCACAUUUUUGUCCUUCUGUGCAUUGUACCAUUAAAAUCGGUGACUGGUAAACGUGACCAGCAAGUGGUCCAAGAACAACAGAAAAGAUCUUUGACCAAUAAACAGUUGCAAAUCAUCUUUGUUUAUGAUGAAGAUUUACAACAGAAUCAAGAAUUUCCGAAAAUAGAGUCGUGCUAUCAUGAAGAGAACGGAAUAUAUAGAAAAGUUCAUUCAGAAGGCAGUGGGAUAGCUCCCAAUCAGUUAUUGAUCAUUUUGGCGGACUCAGGAAAAAUACCGAGUGCUAAAUGUUUAAAUAUUCAUGCUGUACGUGUUGCCACACAUCCAAGUACUGGAAGACCUUAUAUGGGCGUAUUGAAUUAUUGUCUGCCUAAGGAAGAAUCGAUCAAAAUUGCGGAUGACAAGUUGAUCAACUUAAUAAAGCGUGAAUUAGCUCAUGUACUGAAUGAUUUGAUGACACCUUAUCCAUUGGAGUCAAACCGUGUUUCAAGAAUAACUCUGGCUUAUUUCGAGGAUAUAAAAGGACAAGAUAUUGAGCCUUUCUGUGAUAUCCCAAAAGAACCAAAAUGCGCCGGUUAUGAAAACGGGAUUGGUGGUUGCUAUCUAUAUGAACAUGACAAACAAUUAGAUGAAGAGUAUCAGUAUAUGGAUAACUUGUUCCCUUUUACUGCCAAACAAAAAGAGAAAUAUGGAGGCCAUAUGGCUUUUGACUACUGUCCAGUCCUCCUAUUCCAAUGUUCAAAGAAUAUUGGUGUUCAAGUGAUAUUUAAUGAAAAGGCGUUUCAGUGUCCUGUUGACGGUGGACCACUACAUAUGGAACAACAAUUGAGAAAUGGAAAUGCUUCUAUCGAUAUACAAUGUCCAAAGUGCACGUCAUUGUGUAAGGUUAGUCUAAGUGAUUUACAACUGUUUGCCACAUCAAGUGUACUAACAAAAAUGAAUAAAUCAUGCUACUGUAAUAACACAGAUUUAGAUAAAAAAUUUGUUUCAUGA